UCAGGAGCCAAAACCCAGCAGGGCUCUUUGACCGAGUGGAGAUUUCUGGAAAAACUUCAAGAACUAUCUCUCCAGAGAUCGGCCGCAGAAUGGAAGACAUAUUUUGAGUGGGCCACCGAUUCCGACUCUGAAUCAGAUCUGGGGUCUCCAGUGAGCAGAGAUUCUCCAACUAGAAGGAGAUACCCUGGGGCUCAUGAAAGGAAGCUGCCCUUCAAAAGGAAAGCUGACCAUGAAGUGAAGUCAGGGUGUGCUGGGAUGAAAACCCAAAGCCAGAAUUACGGCUACUACCAGAACACAGCCGCUCGGCUCUCUCACGACAUGGACCUACACACCAUGACACAGACGCUGGUGACUCUGGCAGAGGACAACAUGACUUUCUUCUCCAGCCAGGGUCCUGGGGAGACAGCCCGGCGGCUGGUAAGCGUCUUUGCAGGUGUGCGGGAGCAGGUGCUGGGGAUAGAGCCAGCGCUGAACCACCUGCUGGGUGCGGUGCACCUCUUUGACCUGGACCCAGAGACACCAGCCAACGGGUACCGGAGCCUCGUGCACACAGCCCGCUGCUGCAUGGCGCACCUCCUCUACAAAGCCCGCUACGUGGCCGCCAACCGGCGCAGCAUCUUCUUCCGGGCCAGCCACAACCUGGCAGAACUGGAGGCCUACCUGGCUGCCCUCACCCAGCUCCGUGCUCUGUCCUACUACGCUCAGAGCCUGCUGGCCACCAACCAGCCUGGGGUCCUCUUCUUCGAGGGCGAUGAAGGGCUCACGGCCGAAUUCCUGCGCGAGUAUGUCACACUACACAAAGGCUGCUUCUACGGCCGCUGCUUGGGCUUCCAGUUCACGCCAUCCAUCCGGCCGUUCCUGCAGACCAUCGCCAUUGGGCUGGUGUCCUUCGGGGAGCAUUACAAGCGCAAUGAGACCGGCCUUGGUGUGACUGCCAGUUCCCUCUUCACCAGUGGCCGCUUCGCCAUCGACCCCGAGCUGCGUGGGGCCGAGUUUGAACGGAUCACUCAGAACCUGGAUGUGCACUUCUGGAAAGCCUUCUGGAACAUUACAGAGAUCGAGGUGCUGUCGUCUCUGGCCAACAUGGCAUCAGCCACCGUGAGGGUCAGCCGCCUCCUCAGCUUGCCCCCCGAGGCCUUUGAGAUGCCACUGACUGCCGAUCCCAGGCUCACUGUCACCAUAUCGCCCCCGCUGGCCCACACCGGCCCCGGGCCCGUUCUUGUCCGGCUCAUCUCCUAUGACCUCAGAGAAGGACAGGACAGUGAGGAGCUCAGCCGCCUGGUGAAGUACGAGGGCCCGCGGAGCUUGGAGCUGCGGUCACGCCCUCAGCAAGCCCCCCGGUCACGGUCCCUGGUGGUGCACAUCCAUGGAGGUGGCUUCGUGGCCCAGACCUCCAAGUCCCACGAGCCCUAUCUCAAGACCUGGGCGCAGGAGCUGGGUGCCCCCAUCCUCUCCAUUGACUACUCCCUGGCCCCCGAGGCACCUUUUCCCCGAGCCCUUGAGGAGUGUUUCUAUGCCUAUUGCUGGGCCGUCAAGCACUGUGCCCUCCUGGGCUCAACGGGAGAGCGGAUCUGCCUUGCUGGAGACAGUGCUGGUGGAAACCUCUGCUUCACCGUGUCCCUUCGGGCAGCGGCCUAUGGGGUUCGGGUGCCAGAUGGCAUCAUGGCUGCCUACCCGGCCACCAUGCUGCAGCCCACUGCCUCACCCUCCCGCCUCCUGAGCCUCAUGGACCCCCUGCUGCCCCUCAGCGUGCUCUCCAAGUGUGUCAGUGCCUAUGCAGGCGGGGAGACAGAGGACCACUCUGACUCGGACCAGAAGGCACUAGGUAUGAUGGGCCUGGUGCGGCGGGACACGGCCCUGCUUCUCCGAGACCUCCGCGUGGGCGCCUCCUCGUGGCUCAACUCUUUCCUGGAGCUGAGUGGGCGCAAGUCCCACAAGACCCCAGUGCCCAUGACAGAGCCAAUGCCAAUGAGGCGCAGCGUUUCAGAAGCAGCGCUGGCCCAGCCCGAGGGCCCACUGGAGGGAGACACAGUCAAGAGCCUGACUCUGCAGGACCUGAGCCUCAGGGGCAGCUCUGAGACCUCAGGAGCCUCCCACCUCUCACUGUCAGCGGAGACGUUAGGUCCCUGCAAGCCCUCGGAUGUCAACUUCUUACUGGGGCCUGAGGAUGUGCCUGAAGAGACUAAGUCCUUAAGAGGACUGCAGGCCCACAACCGCUACCACAGCGCCAUCUCUUGUGCCAACACCACCUUCCCUGAAGGCUUCCGCCCGCGGCGCUCAAGCCAAGGACCCACCCGGAUGCCCAUGUACUCCUCACCCAUCGUCAAGAACCCCUUCAUGUCACCGCUGCUGGCCCCUGACAGCAUGCUGCAGACUCUACCGCCCGUGCACAUCGUGGCGUGCGCUCUGGACCCCAUGCUGGACGACGCAGUCAUGUUCGCACGGCGGCUGCGCGCCCUGGGCCAGCCGGUGACACUGCGCGCGGUGGAGGACCUGCCGCACGGCUUCCUGAGCCUGGCGGCGCUGUGCCGCGAGACCCGGCAAGCCACGGCGCUGUGCGUGGAGCGCAUCCGCCAGAUCCUCAGCCUGCCUGGUGCCGCGCCGUCCACCAGCGCCACGCUGCCCUCCAGCACCACGCCGCGCGCGGCCGGCCUGAACCGAACCUAG